GUUCAGUGGCUGAGACGCGCUGGAGGCGAGCGGAGCUGGUGCUGUCCGGGAGCUGUGGGUGCUGACCCGGGACGGCGGCCGACCGGCGCUCCGGCACCUCCAGGCAACGGCCUGUGCACCCUGUGUCCUGCGGGACCCGCUUCCCCCGCAGGACUCGUAUCAACUUAACAAAGGAGUGUGGCAUCGCACCUGGGAGAGUCUUCUGCUGGUCACCUGGGCGCCCAUUCAGGCGUGACUUUGGAAAUUUCCAUAGUUUGAGACCAAACUAGUUUGCUCUUUUCCCAGCAAAGACGAUCUUUUUAGUUGUGUGUUUUGUUUUUCAAACUGUGAUUUUUCUAUCCACACCCUGUAGGAAUCUUUCUGGGGGACUUUUCUGACUGUUAAAAGAAGGUUAAAAGCAACAAGGAUGUUUAAGUGCUGGUCAGCGGUCUUGGUUCUUGGGUUCAUUCUUCUGGAAUCAGAAGGAAGGCCAUCCAAAGAAGCAGGACAUGUUCUUAAAUCCUAUCAGCCUCUAGUAAGAUUGCGGCACAAGGAAAAAAGCCAAGAAAGUUCAAGAAUCAAAGGAUUCCUGAUUCAGGAUGGCCCUUUUGGAUCUUGUGAAAACAAGUACUGUGGUUUGGGGAGGCACUGUGUUAUCAGCAGAGAGUUGGGACAAGCAGAAUGCGCCUGCAUGGAGCUUUGCAAACGGCACUACAAGCCUGUGUGUGGAUCUGACGGACAGUUUUAUGAGAACCACUGUGAGGUGCACAGAGCUGCCUGCCUGAAAAAACAGAAGAUCACCAUCGUUCACAACGAAGACUGCUUCUUCAGAGGAGACAAUUGCAAGACAACUGAAUAUAGCAAGAUGAAAAACAUGCUUUUAGAUUUACAAAAUCAGAAGUAUAUUACACAAGAAAAUGAAAAUCCUAACAGUGAUGAUAUAUUUCGGAAGAAGCUUUUGGUGGAUCAGAUGUUUAAGUACUUUGAUGCUGACAGCAAUGGACUUAUAGAUAUUAAUGAACUAACUCAGGUGAUAAAACAGGAAGAAUUUAGCAAGGAUCUGUCUGAUUGUACUUUGUAUGAUCUACUGAAAUAUGAUGAUUUUAACUCUGACAAGCACCUGGCACUUGAAGAAUUUUAUAGAGCAUUCCAGGUUAUCCAGCUGAGUCUUCCUGCAGGCCAGAAAGUGAGCGUCACUGCAGCAACUGGGGGACAGAGUGCUGUGCUGAGCUGUGCCGUUCAGGGAGCCCUGAGGCCCCCCAUCAUCUGGAAAAGGAACAAUAUUAUUCUAAACAAUUUAGAUUUGGAAGACAUCAACGACUUUGGAGAUGAUGGGUCUUUGUAUAUAACUAAGGUUACCACAACUCACAUGGGCAAUUAUACCUGCUAUGCGGAGGGCUAUGAACACGUCUAUCAGACUCACAUCUUCCAAGUGAACGUUCCUCCAGUCAUCCGGGUGUAUCCAGAGAGUCAAGCUAGAGAACCUGGGGUAACGGCAAGUCUUAGGUGCCAUGCAGAGGGUAUACCAAAUCCUCAGCUUGGCUGGCUGAAGAACGGAAUUGAUAUUACACCAAAGUUAUCCAAGCAACUCACGCUUCAAGCAAAUGGCAGUGAGGUUCACAUAAGCAAUGUACGUUAUGAAGAUACGGGCGCGUACACUUGUAUCGCAAAGAAUGAAGCAGGAGUGGAUGAAGACAUCUCUUCUCUUUUUGUGGAAGAUUCGGCUAGAAAGACCCGUCUGGGAAUUGGGAACAUGUUCUAUGUUUUUUAUGAAGAUGGAAUCAAAGUGAUACAACCCAUCGAAUGUGAAUUUCAGAGACAUAUUAAGCCUAGUGAAAAGCUCCUUGGAUUUCAGGAGGAAGUGUGUCCCAAAGCUGAGGGAGACGAAGUCCAGAGGUGCGUGUGGGGCUCGGCUGUUAAUGUCAAAGACAAGUUCAUUUAUGUUGCUCAGCCGACGUUGGACAGAGUUCUUAUUGUUGAUGUGCAGUCCCAAAAAGUUGUUCAGGCAGUAAGCACAGACCCUGUCCCAGUGAAACUACACUAUGAUAAAUCACAUGACCAGGUCUGGGUGCUCAGCUGGGGUACUAUGGAAAAGACGUCACCCACGCUACAGGUGAUCACCCUAGCCAGUGGCAAUGUGCCCCACCACACCAUCCACACACAGCCGGUCGGAAAGCGAUUUGACAGAGUGGACGAUUUCUUCAUUCCCACCACCACGCUCAUCAUCACACACAUGAGGUUUGGAUUUAUUCUUCAUAAAGAUGAAGCUGCACUACAAAAAAUCGAUCUGGAAACCAUGUCGUACAUCAAGACAAUUAACCUGAACGACUAUAAGUGCGUUCCUCAGUCACUGGCCUAUACGCACUUGGGAGGAUACUACUUCAUCAGCUGCAAACCUGACAGCGCCGGGGCCGUUCCCCCACAGCUCGUGGUGGAUGGUGUCACUGACUCAGUCAUUGGAGUCAACAGUGAUGUCACGGGCACGCCGUAUGUCUCCCCGGACGGACACUAUCUUGUCAGCACUAAUGAUGUGAAAGGCAUUGUGAGGGUCCAGUACAUCACCAUCAGAGGAGAAAUACAGGAGGCAUUUGACAUUCACACCAAUCUGCACAUCUCUGAUGUGGCAUUUCAGCCAUCCUUUACUGAAGCCAACCAGUACAACAUCUACGGUACUUCUAGCACGCAGACUGAUGUGCUCUUCGUGGAGCUCGCCUCUGGAAAGGUUAAGAUGAUCAAGAGCCUUAAGGAACCCCUCAAGGCGGAAGACUGGCCUUGGAACGGAAAGAACAGGCAAAUCCAGGACAGCGGCUUGUUUGGUCAGUACCUGAUGACAGCUUCCAAGGACUCUCUCUUUAUCCUAGAUGGACGGCUCAAUAAGUUAAACUGUGAGAUCACUGAAGUUGAGAAAGGGAAUACAGUCAUUUGGGUUGGAGAUGCCUAA